GAUGGUUUGGGAUGAGUUGGUGCGAGCUGUGGGUCUGGAUCACUCCACGGGUAGGGCCUACCUGCUGGGCGCCACACUGGUCCUGGCACUCACUGUGGUGGGCAGCGCCAUCCUCCGGUUCCUCUGCAUGGUCCACGGCUUCUGGGUCAACACGAAGAGGCUGAGGUGCUUCCAGGGACCACCGCCCCGCAACUGGCUGAUGGGACACCUGGGACUGAUCAACCCAGAUGAGGAAGGCCUGAGAUUCAUAGCGCAGUUGGUCUCACAGUUCCACUUUACUAUGAAGACUUGGUUGGGGCCCUUCAUCCCCUUAAUCUCACUGUUCCACCCCGAUUACCUUAAACCAGUGCUCCUCGCAUCAGCUCCCGUCGCCCUCAAAGACGAGCUUUUCUAUGGGUUCCUGAGGCCGUGGUUAGGUGAGGGUCUGCUGAUCAGCAGUGGGGAACGUUGGUCCCGACACCGUCGUCUCCUCACCCCGGCCUUUCACUUCAACAUCCUCAAACCCUACGUCAAGACCUUCAGCACGUCAACUAAUGUAUUGCAUGAGAAAUGGCGGCGUCUGCUAACAGAGGGGGCAACGAGCCUGGAGAUGUUUGAACACGUCAGCCUGAUGACUCUGGACAGUUUGUUGAAGUGCACCUUCAGCUUCGAGAGCAACUGCCAGCAAGAGUCGAGCGAGUACAUCGCGGCGAUCUACGAGCUGAGCUCCCUGGUGGUGGCCCGCGAGCGCUGUCUGCCCCACCACUUCAACGCCAUCUACUGGCUCUCGGCCAACGGCCGCCGCUUCCGCCGGGCGUGCGGGCUGGUCCACGCCUACUCCCUGGGGGUGGUCCAGCGGCGCCGCGAGGCCCUGCCCGAGGCCGACAUGCCCGCCUGGCACCAGGCCAAGAGGGGCAAGGUCCUGGACUUCCUCGAUAUCCUGCUGCUCUCGAAGGACGAAGAGGGGAACGGGCUGACGGACGAGGAGAUUCAGUCGGAGGCCGACACCUUCAUGUUCGAGGGACAUGACACCACGGCCAGUGCCAUCUCCUGGGCGCUGUACAAUCUGGCCAGACAUCCCGAGUACCAGGAGAAAUGCCGGGAGGAGAUUGCGCAGCUGCUGAAGGAGAACGGCAGUGAGGACCUGGAGUGGGACCACCUCUCGCAGAUGCCCUUCACCACCAUGUGCAUCAAGGAGAGUCUACGCUUGCACCCAGCCGUCACCACUGUGGCUCGCUCCUGCACGGAGGACAUCCGGCUCCCGGACGGCAGAAUCAUCCCCAAGGGAAACAUCUGUUUAAUCAGCAUCUACGGAACUCACCAUAAUCCCACGGUGUGGCCAGAGCCUGAGGUUUAUAACCCCGAUCGCUUCAGCCCCGAGAACUCCGAGACCCGCUCCUCUCACGCCUUCGUUCCCUUUUCCACGGGGCCCAGGAACUGCAUCGGGCAGAACUUUGCCAUGGCGGAGCUGAAGGUUGCCGUGGCCCUGACCCUCCACCGCUUCCGGUUGAAGCUGGAGCCGACGGCAGUUGUGCGCAGGAAGCCGGAGCUCAUACUGAGGACCGAGCGAGGGAUCUGGCUGCAACUGGAACCUCUGGGAGCGCGGGCGAGCGCAGAGCGGGAGCCGGAACCCAGCGUGGAAUAAAACCAAGGCUUUUUACGUCCA